UCUCCUGGAUCCAGGCGUCUCAUCUCCCAGGGAAGGAGUAGCGUGACAGCAUCGGCUCCCGGCUCGAUUUGGGAGGCGGGACUUCCUGUCUCGCCGUUGCCCAGCUUCCUACGGGAACCGGAAGACGCUGGAGGAUGGGACUCGUGACAGCUUGCUAGCCCCUCGUCUGUCCGCCCGCCAGCACCCCCAGGACGGGAAGAUUAUUAAGUGUUUCAAUACUAUCCUUGUGGCCAUGAGUGAUUCUGUGCCUUCUGAUGUAAUUGGCCGAAGAAUUGAUGUUAAUGGAGAACUUGCAACAGUGCACUAUUUUGGUAGUGUUCCUCCCAUAACAGGACUCUGGCUGGGAGUAGAAUGGGACAACCCUCAAAGAGGAAAACAUGAUGGUAGCCAUGAAGGGAUUGUAUAUUUUAAAUGCAGGCACCCAACGGGAGGAUCCUUUAUCCGUCCAAACCGGGUAAAUUUUGGAGUGGACUUUAUCACUGCAAUUAAGAAUCGCUAUGGAUUGGAAAAUACUAAACAGGAAGAUGGAAAUGAGAUGAUUGUUAUUGGAAAUAAACCCGUCGAAACUGUUGGCUUUGAUUCUAUUAAAAAAUUCCAAAGUCAGCUGAACAGGUUGCAAGAAGUCUCUGUUUGGAGUUCUGCAGUGAGUUGUGCUGGCAACAAAGGGGAAAUUGCACAAACAUGUCCUAAUAUCAGAAGGAUAGAUUUGUCAAAAAAUCUCUUGUCAUCAUGGAAUGAGGUGACCUUCAUUGCUGAUCAGCUCAAAUAUCUGGAAGUUCUUAAUCUCAGUGAAAAUAAGCUAAAAUUUUCCUGUGAUUCACCAUCUCCAUCAUGUACAUUUUCUGCAUUGAAGGUUUUAGUGCUUAAUCGAACAGGAAUAACGUGGACUGAGGUUCUGUGGUGUGCCCAAGGAUGGCCAGUUCUAGAAGAAUUAUACCUUGCAUCUAAUGAUAUUACAAUUUCAGAAAGGCCCACUGAUGUUCUUCAGACUCUCAAGUUACUAGACUUUUCUAAUAAUCAUUCAAUUGAUGGAGAUCAACUAUUCCAAAUAGCCUAUCUACCCAGGUUAGAACAGUUAAUCCUUUCUGACAAUAGAAUUUCUUCUCUACAUUUUCCAGAUGCUGGAAUAGGCUGCAAAACCUCAAUGUUUCCUUCCUUGCAGUACCUAGUGAUAAAUGGCAAUCAGAUAUCACAAUGGUCAUCUAUCAAUGAAUUAGAUAAGUUACAAAGUUUACAGUCCUUGUCCUGUACACAGAAUCCCCUGACUGAAGGGAAUAAAGAACUUCAGACUAUUCGCCAACUAAUUAUUGCCAAAAUUGGUCAUUUGAAGAUACUGAAUAAGUGUGAGAUUUUUCCUGAGGAAAGGCGAGGAGCUGAGCUUGAUUACCGUAAGACAUUUGGAAAUGAAUGGAAAAAAGCUGGUGGACAUCAGGAUCCAGAUAAAAACAAACCAAAUAAUGAGUUUAUUAUAGCCCAUCCCAGAUACCAGUUACUCUGUCUUAAAUAUGGUGCACCUGAAGAUGGGGAACUGAAACCACAACAGCCAUUUAUGCUGAAAAAUCAAUUGCUAACACUAACGAUAAAAUGUCUUAAUCAGCCUGAUCAAAAAGUCCUAGUGAAGCAACUACCAGAGUCCAUGACAAUUCAAAAGGUGAAAGGCUUGCUGUCUCGUCUACUCAAAGUUCCAGUAUCAGACCUCAAAUUGUCCUAUGAAAGCCCUAAAAUGGAAGGCAGAGAAAUUGAACUAGAGAAUGACCAACAGCCAUUACAGUUUUACUCUGUUGAAAAUGGAGACUGUAUAUUAGUACGAUGGUAAAAAUUAACUUAUGACUAUUCAGUGUGACUGAGGCCAAGAAGUCAACGAUAUAAAGAAUUUGUCAAACCAAAUUUCAAUGAAGAAAAGAUUGUUUCUAGCAUUUGUAUGAUAACUCUAAUAAACACUUUGUGGCUA